UACAAAAUGGAAAGGGAAGAACCCAUGUUGAUGAUGGAUUUGGACCCGAAGAUUUUCCAAAUCUUUUCAGAUUUUAUGUCAAGGGUCACACAAUUUGAGGAGCUAGUGGCUGUAGGAAGUAGGUUACUUGUGGGCUUUCACCAAGGACUCGAGUCUCUUCGACGGUCUCCAAUUAACAAGACAUCAGAGUUGGUCGAGCGCAUCAUUGGAACUAACAAAACCGGGAGGGUUUUAAAGUAUAUUGAAGCUGGAUGUGUAAAUGCUCAUGAUGGUGUGCAAAAUAUAAGCAGACUGCAUACAAGCCAAGUCGGACUUCAGGACCACGUAAGUAAAGGCAAAUGCAUAAUGCAUGAACUUGAAGGCCUUGUCAAGGAGGUAACAGGUGCGAUGCAAGCUGCAAAUGAAGACAAAAUGCUUUUGAAGGACAAUGUUACUGGGGAUUUGAUUGGUCUACAAGCAACCGCUUCUGAAAAGGAGAAAAUUAUAUCUUCUAAUGUUCAUGGACCUGAAAUUCCUGAAUAUGCCGUCAUGAUGGGUGUUAUAUACAGCAUGUUGAAAAGGGACUACAUCAUGCAGGAGAAGAUAAUUUCUUCACUUAAUCUAAAGUCGUCAUCAGGAGAAUUGGAGAGCUACAACCUGAUGUGGUCCUUGAGGCCUUUUAUAGAUGAUGAAAUCAUGCAUCAAGCUUGGAGACUUGUUGCCUGAGUGACACAGGAUUUUUCAGUGAGGAUGAUUCACUUUCGUGAAUAACCAACUGUAAAGAAAGAAUACUUUGGCUGAUAGCUAUGACAUUUCACUUUAUAUUUAAUGCCCAAAAGAUAGCAGUUUGAAGUUGAGAGCAGCUAAUUAGAACACUCUCGCUUGUUCUUUUCAAAACCCUAUAGUUUGAGCUGUCCGAUUGUAAACUAAUGGUCCAGAUUAGUUAUGAAUGUUUUGAUGGCUGAGAUUAGUUUUGUCAAAUACUGGAGGGCUGAGAUUGCAACCUCUCACCCAUAACAAAAAGGACAGGGUAAACGUGUGCUGUUUGACAGUUGUACCGCUCAGUUUGGUUUCAAUAUGGCUCUUUCUCUCUCUCUCUCCAAAAAAGCCUCUCACUUCUUGCAUUUCCAAAAUUCAAAAUUCUCUCUCUCUCUCUCUCUCUCUCUCUCUCUCUCUCUCUCUCUCUCUCUCUCUCCAGCCUUUCAUUUUACUGUCUAUCUCUCCUUCCCUCUCACUGCUGGUAUCCCAAAACCCUUAACAUGUUCCACUCCUUCGUCCUUUACCAAGACGGGAUUGUUCAGACUGAGGCAGCGUCAAUUUCACAGUCAAGACGAUAACACCGUUUCUAUAUUGUAGAUCUGAGGGAUUAAUUUCUUGCUGGGCCGACUCAGAUGAUUCAUAUGUAUGCCCCUGUCCAUUGUCAAGCUCUGCGAGUUUUUUUUUCUCAUUUUCAUUGUGUAAAAGUUUUCCUACACCCAUAGAUUGAAGGUUGGCUUUGGACAUAUAUUUCCCCCCCAUUGGUUUUCCUCAUCUGUUGUCUACGUUUUACUAAACUGUGUGCAUUGAUGUUGAUUAAGGUGAUUUUUUUCCUUCCUUUUCCAGGUACACACGGCAUGCAUAAAAUUAGUGCAGAGAAAAUAGGAAGGCUGCUUUUAUUGCUUUCUCUACUACUUUUUUCCCUUGGGGGUUUUGUGCAAUUAACAGAUCCAUUUCAUCCAGCACCUCUUGAAUUUUGUUUUAUAAGCAACAAAUGCAGAUAUUUCUAUCCAGUUUUUGAUAAUUAAUUUUCUUCAAUCAA